AUGCCUCAACAUUGGUCGCCCGAUUUGUUUGAAGAGAUUUAUAAUGCGAUCAAGUUUCAAUCUGAUGUUGAUGUCUCAGCCAUUGAUUUGACAGCCAUAUCUGAUGAUCUUUUAGAGGUAUUGAAAACCCCAUCACCACUGACUGACUCGAGAAAUAAGCUAAAUUCUUCACUUAGGUUUACCAAUGGCGAUGAAGUACAACUCAACCAAGAAUUUAUUGAGUUGUCAGUUUUGUUAUCAACAGAGCUCGAUUUGGAUGAGGUUUGCACUGCAGAGUUGGUGUUUCAUAGUGAGGAUGUUAGUUAUAGCAAAGGAACUUCGUUAAACGAUAGUGCCAAAUUGUCAUACUUUACCCGUGCUGAAUACAUUUUGAACAUUUUGACAUUCCUUAUAGGAAAUAAGAUAUUACCGUUGGAUCCAAGGAAAGUGUUCGACAAUGUUGUGGCCAGCUUUGACAAGGUCUAUAAACUAAUUGAUAUUUUGAACGAUUUGAUCGACAAACAAAAGGUAACUGGGGACUUACUGAGUUUGGUAUUUAUCAAUGGGGUUAAUUUCGCAAGGUCUCAAUUAUUCAAGUUUCACGAGCUAUUGGGCACAUUGUUGUAUGCGUUGAGCAACUCAUACUUCAAAGAGGUGGGAACAAUUGGCAAUUACGAAAAGGUUAUCAAAGUUGUGAGACGGUUACAAAAUGACGAUGUGUUUGUCUUUCAUUUCCUUCCAUGCAUUUUAAAUUUUCACGCUAAAGCAAGGGAGAGUAAAGGCUUGAUUGACGACUUGUACAAUUCCAUUACAAAGUCAAUUCCUGCGGCUCAAAAGGAUGGUUUAUUUGACAUUUCACAAGCCCAAAUUCAUGGAAUUGAAAUAGUGUCAGCAUUCAUCUUUUUGACGGAAUUCAUACCUUGGUGCAAACAAAACAACACCACAAAAUACGAUUUCCGAAAGAAUAUAAUAAGUCACAUGGAGCUGUUGAUUUCACUUGGAGUAACUGAGUUGCUUUUGAGCUACUGUGCUGAAACCAGUACACCGGAAACGCGACGUGUUUUUGAGUUGUCGGACACUUAUGACUUCAGAUCGUUGUUGCAGAGAACGGUUCCACCAUUUGCUCCAAAAAAGUUUAUAUAUCCAGGCACAGCAGAUCUUUUGAACUUGACUAAACAAAGACCUGAGUUUGUUAAUGUACUAAAAUUGGUUGAUGUGGCUUUUUUGAAAUUGAAUCCCGAGCUUAAUGAUUCAUUAUUGGCUCCAUUGCUACAAAACUUUUUUGGCACUUUUGUUACGGACGCGGCAUUGGUAUUGACUUCUUUACGAGAUAGUGAAGAGGAUUUUGCUUUGUCCUUUCAGGAUAAAAGUGAAGAACUGAGCGACGAAGAUAGUGACAAUGAAGAGCGUGCAAAGACAGAGGUUCCGCAAUUAUUGGAGCUUGAUGAAAUAGCUCAGCGUGCUGAUUUGGAAAGGUUCUAUUUGGCUUUUGCUUACAAUUGUAACAACAGACCAGAAUUGUGCUCGGCAAUUUGGAACGAUGAGUCGAACACGACUGAGGUCCUUGGGUUUGUAUCUUGGGGAUUGAACAACAAUACAUCCCCUUUGAUAGCUGCCAGCUUUAGUGUGCUUUUAGCAGCUUUGUCGUCUGGUGGAUCGCAUAUUGCAAGCAAGAUAUGGGAUAUCUUGGCCAAUAACACCACGCAUGCAAAGAAGAAUGAUUUUUCGAGAAUCUCGAUUGACUCAAUAUUUGACUCAUUGAAGUACUACAUUGAUUCGUUAAACAUCAAUUUUGAGCAAGAUUUGAAUGACCAGCUAAGUGUAUACCACAAACGUCACGAACUAGUGUUUUCCAACAAGAACUUGGGAAACGUCAGAGAGAGCGAUGGGAGUCGAAUCGUUAUUGAACUUGCCGAGGACUCUAUAAUUUCAAUAUCUGGUUUUGUGAGGUUGAUCUCAUCGAUUAUGAUAAACUUGUCCGGUUCUGAGCGAGCAAAUCAGAUAAAAUCUUUUGCUUUCAAUAGGUUUAUGCCAAUUAUAAAGGCAUUUCUUGAAUUUGACAAUUUAAUCAAUGGUGGGAAAAUCUUGCAGGUUGAUGUCAACGCACACAACUCGACCUUAAGUUCUAGCUAUAUAAACUUGCCUGAUAUCCAUGUCAGUGAUGAUUCAAGAAUUGUUUUAUUGAACUUGAUUUUCCAGUUGUUGGGUAAUAUUACCGAAAAUAAUGAGGAAUCUUUUGUACGUUACGAGUCGUGGAGAUUGUUGGAUCGUUGGAUGUACCAUGGUUUACAUUUGAGCCAACCCCAGCUGAGUGAUUUUUUUAGCAAGCAGCUGGAAAGAAAAAAGUAUACAAGGAAAAGGUCAAUUGGAACCAUUGAAGUAUUUUCAAACAAUUUAACACAUUAUAGUCAAGUCCUCAACUUUGCAGAUCUCGUGAAAAAAUUGUUGCAACCUUUGAAUCCAGAAAGGACCCUGAAAUACAGCUUGGCUUUUCCAUGUGAUUUGGGGUACGGAUACAGGCCAAACAACAAAAUCGGAAUAUGGCCGUACAUUGAAUUUCUUUUGAUCGAUGUAUUCGGCCAAUCUGACAGCUUAGAAAAUGAGCAGUACAGAGACUCCUUGCAAAUGCUCUUACUUCAGUUGUGUGUUGAAUCUUUGCACGAAAUAGACUGGGAGUUUUUAAGCGAAUCUGCGCCGGGCAUCAUUAGAGAUUUGAGGUCUUUUGACUCUAUUUUUGACUCAUUGAUUCCAGGAAUGCCUAUCAGUUAUGAGUUGUUUGUAAAGUUGCACCAUUCAUUGGCAGUAUUUGCAUGUUUUUUUGAUAGCAGGGCAUACACCGCUCUCUUUAAGAUUUUGGACCACGGGGUAGAGUCAGUGAAUGCUUCUACUGAUAUAGGAACCUUGGUGAAUCAAGCCCUUAAUAUUUUCAACACCUUGUUGGGAAUGCAAGACAAUUUCCAGAAACGUUUGUUACCAGUAUUGACAAGCAAGAGCGUUCAGUAUCAACCAGUCCAUAGAAACUCAAUCAUGAGUAUCGGUACAUCCAUGAGUAAAAUGUUGAGUCAGUCCACUUCCAUUUUUGACAACAUAUAUUAUUCUAAAGUGCUCGGGUUGUCUAGUACCAAAACGUUUUACAAUGUCAUAUUAUUCAAUUUGUCCUCAGUUGCACAUAUUGCACUAUUUGUCAGUUGCAACAGUUCAAUCUCACUUGAGGCAAUACAAAUUUUGAAAAAAUUGGGAACGGCCGAUCAUUUUAAAAGCAGCAAGUCUGAAGCCGAUUCUUUGUUGAGUAGCGAUCGGUUACUCACUACGUUUUUGAAUAUUGAUGAAUCGGAAAAGAUCAAGUUUGCAUUCAUCAACAAGUUUGAGGAAAUUGAGGACUCGUUGAAGAUAAAAGUUGAAGUUUUGAAUCUUCUUUCUCAAUUGCUCGAUCCUGUAAAGAGGACACUCAGUAUAGCUCAUUUUCUACUAGGCUUUGAUAUCAAAGCAAACUCAUUAAGUUUGAGCGAUACAGAACACACAACGUUGUUGGAUGUCCUUUUGGGAACAUUGAGAGAAAGCUUGGAUUUGAUUUCUGAGUUGGAUUUUGGAAACGGUAAUCGACAUGUUAUUGAUGUUGGACCUGCAAGAUUGUCGUCGUUAAUAUUGGAAAUUUUGAUCAAGCUCUGUUCGAACCCAUCAUCGUCAGUGAUAACCAUGAGCAGGGUUCGCGAUUACAACUUGAUUGAAAAGUUGAUAAAUUUUCAACCAAAAUUGGACUUGAUGACAAGCUGGUGUGGGUAUGAGUUCAAUGGUGAUCUUGGUACCAGCACCGAAAACUACUUCAUCAGCUCUUUACCAAGCAUCACGGCGUUCACUGCAUUCAUUGUCCAACGUGAAUUGGCGUUGAAGUUGUUGUCAUUAGAACUUUACAGCAUUCAAUCACCUACACAGAAACAGCAUUAUUCUGAGCUUUUGAUUUCCAAAAACCAGUUCCCCCAUGGAACUGCCAAAAUCAUUGACUUCCUUGAUGUCUUGAACUUCAAUUUCAAACACUUUGAGGUGGAAAAGUAUGAUUAUUUGAAUCGCACGUUCGACGUGGAGGCCAUUUUGAAGCAUGUUCGAGGACCAAAUUAUACGUUGGAUUAUUCAAUUUUGGGAAAAAUUUAUAAUAUAUUGUGCCAAAGCUCAAACAUGGUCACGUCAGAGACAAAGCAACAGUACAAUGAAGAGGUUAUGGCGGAGGGAAGCAAAAUGCAGGAGUUUGUGACAAAGUACCUUGUAAUGAACAAUUCACGCGACGUCCAAUUGAAGUUUCUAGUGUCAUGGAGCCAAUUGGUGUUGGUUUUGCAGGACCAAAUUACGUCAAGCGACAUCAUCCUUGAUAUUUUCAAUUCCAUAUUACCAAAAGUGCCCAUCUACCUUGAGUCCGAUGUAAUCUUUUCGGAAGAAUUGGUUUCGUUGUGUGCUUCAUUAUUCGACAUUUCCAUGGAUAAAUUUUCCAACUUUGAGAACAACAGGCAAGCACAGUUGGUAAUCGAACAGCUUCUGCCAUUAUUUCAGACAUGCAUAGCCGGAAUAAUCAACUCUCAUGCAAGUCCGAGCUUGAGAUCAGAGUUUUACUCCAUCAUAAACAAAUUUAUGCUAAAGAUAUUUCAAAACAAAUUGGUAUCCACUAAUUUCCUAGAAUUGCUAAAGUCGAUUCACAAGAAGCUUUUACCGAUAUUAUCCAAUGAUGCGUUGUACUCCGAGGGACUUUCGCGCAUCAAUUCAAUUUUCUUGAUUGAAUCGCUUCUUAAGUUGGAGAGUCUUGGCGAAGUGGGCUUUGUAUCACAAUACUUUGUCAAACAAAGUUUCUUAUUGGAAGUUACUCGAGCAUUGAGACGGACUGACCUAGUGAUUAAACUAGCUACUUCUCCCACUUCUGAAUUGACUUUCAAUGAGCUUUUCGUUGAGCUUACCGCGUUUAAAGCAAACGUCUAUCUUCUCAUUAGGGUUGCACAGUCUCAAAAGGGGGCAUUGCAGUUGGUGCAAAGUGAAUUGUUUGCAACUUUGACAAGCUUGAGGUUCUUGAAGAUUGACCCUGAUUUGGGAUUGAUAUUGAAUGUGCAUGAAGUUCAGGAUUUCAAGAAUAUCAGCAUUAAGGUGCUUUUAGAUACUCCUUUGUCGUUGUCUGACUUGGUCAAUCCAGAUUCCAAGACUGAGGAUACGGUUUCAUUGAAUGAGUUGAUAGUGCCUAUUUUCGAAUUGGUUGCGAGUGUGUUGCUUUCCAUGGGCCCCAGUUACAAACCUGGGGUGAUACAAUGCAAGGAGUUCAUGAAAACUGUGAACGAAUUGGUAAUGGGCGUCUUGAAAAGAGAUUAUUUAUUGGAAAGGGGACAAGUAAGUAAGGCGCUUUACUCCAAAGAGAGUGAUGAGAUCCACUUGUUGCAAAAAUUAGUACGAUUAUUUACUGUGAUAGAUUCAAUAGUUGGUUCAUCGAUUUAG